UCUAAGCCAACUACGAUGAAAGGUGUUCAUUUUCUCAUAAGCACUCUUGCCAUAUUGGCAUUUGCAACCUUCCUUGCCUCAGCCUCUGACCCCAGUCCUCUUCAGGACUUCUGUGUAGCAAUCAAUGACACCAAAUCUCCUGGUAUAUACAUUAAUAUGCACUAUAUCACACAAAAUCCGGUUGGUUCAACGGUGACACCUGCGAGCGUGGACCAAAUAGCCGGACUGAACACUCUCGGCAUAUCCCUAGCUCGCAUAGACUUUGGACCAAAUGGCCUAAACCCUCCUCAUACUCACCCUCGUGGCACCGAAAUCCUUGUAGUCUUGGAAGGUACACUCUAUGUUGGUUUCGUUACAUCCAACGGUGAUGGCAAUCACCUAUUCACUAAAGUAUUGAACAAGGGAGAUGUGUUUGUGUUCCCAAUUGGUCUCAUUCACUUCCAACUCAAUGUGGGACACGUCAACGCUGUAGCCCUUGCCGCCCUUAGCAGCCAGAACCCAGGCGUUAUCACCAUUGCAAAUGCAGUUUUUGGCUCCAAGCCUCCCAUCAAUCCUGAUGUUCUAGCCAAGGCCUUCCAAGUGGACAACAAGGUUGUUAACUAUCUUCAGAAACAGUUCUGGUACAACAAUAGUUAAGAGAGAAAAAAAAAA